AUGACAUCAAUUAUAUGGCGGGAACACAAAGGAUUUUGCAUUGUUCCUGACUACACCCCUUUGAAAGAGACCACAAAUACCAAUGGUAUCGACCUGCUACCAUGGGAUCAAUAUUUGGAAAAGGAAAACGUUGUUGAUAUUUCAUCUACUGUUCCAACCCAGGAACCCACACCAAACAAGAAAUUAACAAAGCUGGAAAAGCGUGAAUUGAGACAAAUGAAAAAGAUAAAUGUUCAGCGCCGGAAACAGAUGCAGCGACAAAUGGAACUAGAUUCCAGCAACACUGCCAUCGAAGCCACGUUCAAGCCUUAUCUAGCGAAGCAGGAGCUCAAACAAAUAUACAACAAGAUAAUAACGGCGAAAUCAACAUCUAAAGAAGGCACGUCAGACUUCAAGUUAGGUCAGUGCCAUUCAAUAUCCAUCUACAAAUCAGACUUGGAGCAUAUCUUGCCUGGGGAAUGGUUCAACGAUAAUAACAUCUCCUUAGUGUAUGAGCUUAUUAAGGAGACGUUUAUAAACCUGGGACUGUGUCGACCUUUCACGAACCAAGUACAGCUAUUAUUUCCCAGUGUGGUCCAGCUCAUGCAACAUUUUCCCGCUUCAGACAUUGAAAAUCUCUUGCCUAUGGACGAUUUGAAAAAACUGAAAAUUAUAUUCCUACCAAUCAAUAUGAUUGACGAGCCGCUAGAAGAAUUGGACCUAGAGACCGCUAAUAACGGUGACCACUGGGUGUUGGGCGUCCUUUCUCUUCUCGAUGAGAGACUAUACGUCUACGAUUCAAUGAAGAUCGACGUUGAUAUCAAAGGAGAUUUACAGUUACAAAAAUUGUGUAAAAAGCUAGAAAGUUGCUCAAAUUUGGUACGAGGUAAAAUAAAGAUUGUCCUGCUAAAUUGCGAUCAACAACGUAACUUCGAUGAUUGUGGGGUUUUUGUCGUAAUGAUCACAUGUUACCUUAUGGAUCAAUUUUGUUUCAGCGAGGAGAUCGCAUUGGAUUUGACGCAUGUUAAAUUCAACUCUCUAGAUGCCAGGUUAUCUUUGAUGAAGUUAGUAUCAAAUUUCAUUGAAUAA